UGGGUAGGAACUGCAUGGAGGUCCAGUCUUAUGGAGGGGAGUGAGGCAUGCUGGGAUAGUAUCUGGGGACAGCAGAGCAAGCUGCUUCUAGGUGAGGCUCAAUGAGGUUGCCAAAUCCAAGGCUGAGAGCUCUGAGGGUGAGGAGGAGGAGGAGGAAGAGGAGGAGGAGGAAGAGGCAGGAGCUCAUUGGUCUGGUACAUAAAGACUGCUGGGGAGUAGGAAACGGAGGGCUCUUUCUAGGGAGGUGGCAGUUGGUGUUGUGGGAGGUAAUAAAAGCCCAGGACCACUGCUGGGAACAGGGUUUGGGAGGGACUUGGCAGAGGUCUUGGUGCAUGAGGAGGACUGUGCAUUGAUUGGGGAGUGGGUCUUAGGUGGGCCAAAGUUACCAAGUCAUGGUAGGAGUUAGGAGGUAGCCAUGAACCAGGGCUGCCACCGUGUUGUGAGGAACAGGUGGAUACUGGAACUCAUGUGACCAAGGCCGUGAAUGGAAGAGCUAUCAUCUUGGGCCUGAAGCAGCCAAGGGGCCUGCUUCAGGGGAUCCCAGACUCCAUCAGAGGCAGAGUGCAUGCCACAGAAGUGAGCAACUUGGGCCAGCUGAAGGUGAAGAAACCCAUUUCCUCAAGAAAGCUGUGUAUGAAGGCCUGUGACAGGAACAGAACAGACCCCUGGGAAGGAAGCACUUGGAGUACCACCAGGCAGGGGAGAGGGGGUGGCCCGGAGUGCUUACAGGGUGGGGUGAAAUGAGACGUGGUCCCCAGCAGAGGGGCUGCUGCUGGUGGCUGGGAGCCUGCUCUGUUCUGAGCCUUUCUGUCCCCAAGACUCUUGACUUCCCAGCAUGCCUGAUGAUGGCUGCACUUGGCGGAUGCCUAGAGUUCAGAGCACCACAAUGGCAGCUCUCUGAACAGUGAGACUGACCUGAAGAGAUUCCUGCAUUUUGUGUUCUGCUUCCUCUCCUGUCACUGUGGCCUCAGUGUCUACACUGGGGUGGUGACAGACUACCAUUCAUCCUUUAAUUCCUAUGACAGACAGAGACCUUUCUUAACCUGGCUCAGAUCUAAUCCCAGUGGUGGAUGUAAGGCUGGGUCCUGGGUCCCUCUGGGCUCUUAGGCUGAAGCCAUCUCUGGGAUUUUCCUAGACUGGGGCUCAUCCCUCUGUCACAUGGAGACUGCAUAGCCUCUGACACUCAUAUUUCCUAACAUCCUCCUUCAGAGGUGUGCUCUCUACAAAGUCAUGGGAACCUACUGCUGUGGACCCCAGUGUGAGCCCUUUAUCAUCCUGCUUGUUCCCCACACUGUGUCUGGAACACUACCAUUAGCCUUCACUAUGAAGCAGUCCAAGGGGUCCAGGAACUAUGUGUUCUACGCACAGCACCCAGAGAAGGAGGAAGAGGUGCCCUCAUGGCAUGAAAUCAAGCAGACCCCUGUCAUCAUGGCCACAAUCAAAGGUCCAGGGCCUGCCAAGUACCUCCGGUCAUCCUGUACUGGCUAUAUAGCCCAUGACAUCUCCAUGUUCCAGGAGCCAGCUUACAGUCUGCAUACACGGCACACUAAGAAACGGAUCAUAGACAUAAACAGCCCCGGACCUUGCUAUUUCUUGAAUCCCAAAGUAACUCGUUUUGGAAUAUCCACCUGCCCCCAGGUCCCCAUGGAGGAGCGCAUCUCCAAUCCACGCAUAAAUUGCAUGCCAGCCUCCUGCAAGUACAACCUUGAGAAGACUCGACCCUCUGGGGAACGUCAGCCUCCCCAGUACACUUUUGGCUACCGGUGUCCAUAUAGAGUGAUGGAUCCCAACCCUGCUCCUAACCAGUACCAGCUGCCAGUCACUCUGGGGACCAACAUCCCUGUCUUCCGAGCUGCCCCUUCCUAUAGUCUGGCUUCCACAAACAAGAAUUGGUUCCACAAGGAGAAUAUAGCAGGAGGUCCCGGACCUGCUAUGCAUACCCGACCUGAGCCAUCCGUCUACCAGAACCGCAGCCCUUUGUUUAGCAUGGCCAAGCGCUUUGGCUGUCCUUUGGACCACACGCAUCGGCCUGGCCCUGGCUCCCACGACAUCCAGCCGGUCACUGUGCACAAACCCCGCAUACCUGCCUUCACCAUGGGCAUCAAACAUUCACCCCACUUGUGCCCACUGAUUGUGGACAUUUGUGACUGAGGUCUCUGCUGUUGCAUGCUCCUCCCUCCUGCCUCACAUGCUAUUUUCCUAGAACACAUUGAGCAACUUGACCGUGGAUUCUGGUAGCAGAGCUGGUGCCUGCUGAGUGGCCAGAAUGCAGAGGCAUUGGAUAAAUAUUUUUGUUUAUUCA